GGGCACCGAGUCGUCUGGCAAGACAGUGGGCUCCGAGUCAACAGGCACGACAGUGGGCACCGGGUCAUCAGGUAUCGGAUUGUCUGGCUCGACAGCGGGCAUCGGGUCACCAGGUAUGACAGCGGGCACUGGGUCACCAGGCAUCAGGUCAUUUGGCUUGCCAGCGGGCACCGCGUCAUCUGGCAAGGCAGUGGGCACCAGGUCACCAGGUACCGGAUCAUCUGGAUCAACAGCGGGCAUCGAGUCAACUGGCCUAAUAGGAUCGUCGGGCUGGAUCAGUUCAUCGUGCAGAGUAGCGGCAUCAGGCUGAAUGCAGGCAUCAGGCCGAGUAGAGGCUUCAGGCUGAAGAGAGGCAUCAGGCUGAAGAGAGGCAUCCGGCUGAAGAGAGGCAUCCGGCUGAAGAGAGGCAUCAGGCUGAAGAGAGGCUUCAGGCUGAGUAGAGGCUUCAGGCUGAGUCACGGAAGGCAGGUUCACCGUUUGGAUACUGGCAGAAUGGUAUUGGUUGGAAAG